AUGGAGACUAUUUCUGUUUUGCCCAACGGUAACACCGGCGACCGCGGCAGCAGCACAGAUGACGGCGAAGCGCAAUUUCCAGACGACAUCUCAGUGAACGAGAGAAUCAGAAGCCUUGCAAGGGAAUACACCAGAAACAGCUGUGUCCAGCAGGACACAAGUAACGACUCAGAUGAAAAAAACGGCGUUGUCACUGAACAGGGCUUGGCCUUGAUGCGCACAAUGACCUCGAUGUCACAGGUUCCCGGCGUCAAUCCCAUUGACGACUCAAUCGAUCCAAGGCUAGACCCAAAUAGUGACGAUUUUGAGUCCAAGUUCUGGAUUAAGAACAUGAGGAAAAUAUUUGACUCCGAUCCAGAAUACUACAAACCAACGUCUCUUGGUUUUGCAUGCAAGAACUUGAUAGCAAGAGGAAUCUCCUCUGACGCAGACUACCAGGCCAACUUUUUGAACUACCCAUUCAAGAAGGCCAGAGACUUGUACUUGGACGUCUUGCGUGGUAACGACCAGUCCAGAUACUUUGACAUCCUCAAGUCCAUGGACUGUUUGAUCAAGCCCGGGAGUCUCACGGUCGUUUUGGGUAGACCCGGUGCAGGUUGCUCGACGUUCUUGAAGACAGUUGCCUCACAGACAUACGGUUUCAAGGUUGACAAGGACUCCGUCAUCAGCUACGAUGGAUUGACACCAUCGGAGAUCCACAACCACUACAGAGGUGAAGUCAUUUUCUCUGCGGAAAUGGACAACCAUUUCCCUCAUUUGAGAGUGGGCCAGACAUUAGAGUUCGUCGCAAGGUUGAGAACCCCACAAAACAGAUUUCCAGGCGUUGAUAGAAAGGCUUAUGCUAAACACAUGGCUGAUGUUUACAUGGCAACUUAUGGUCUAUCCCACACAAUCAACACCAAGGUCGGUAACGACUUUAUUAGAGGUGUUUCCGGUGGUGAAAGAAAGAGAGUCUCCAUUGCCGAAGCCUCCCUAUGUGGUGCCAACAUCCAAUGUUGGGAUAACGCUACUAGAGGUUUAGAUGCAGCAACUGCCUUAGAGUUUGUUCACGCGUUGAAAACCUCUGCACAUAUCCUAGAUACCACCCCAUUGAUUGCCAUCUACCAAUGUUCUCAAGACGCCUACGACUUAUUCGAUAACGUUGUCUUACUUUACGAAGGUUACCAAAUCUACUUCGGUUCUGCUGAUAAAGCUAAGGCCUACUUUGAAGACAUGGGUUAUGAAUGUCCUGACCGUCAGACAACUGCCGAUUUUCUAACAUCUAUCACUUCACCAGCACAAAGAGAGGCAAGGAAAGGAUGGGAAGACAAAGUUCCAAAGACCCCUAAGGAAUUCGAAACAUACUGGAAAAGUUCUAAAGAGUAUUCACAAUUGAUUAAAGACAUCGAUGAGUACCUAGAAGAGUGCACCAGUAUGAACACAGGAGCAACCUUUAAGGAUGCACAUAUCAGUAAGCAGUCCAACCAUUCUAGACCGACUUCGUCUUUCCGUGUUUCUUACAUGAUGCAAAUGAAGUUAAUUGCAAUGAGAAACGUAUGGAGAACCAAAGAAAGUCCUUCAAUUACCGUCUUUUCUAUUACUGCAAAUAUUAUUAUGGGCUUGAUUAUCUCAUCCUUAUUCUAUAACUUGCCAGAAACCACAGGAGCUUUUUAUUAUCGUACUGCCACCAUGUUCUUUGGUGUUUUGUUCAAUGCCUUCUCAUCGUUGCUUGAAAUUAUGUCCUUAUUUGAAGCCAGACCUAUUGUUGAAAAGCAUAAAAGGUUUGCAUUAUAUCAUCCAUCUGCAGAUGCACUUGCAUCCAUUAUCACUGAACUUCCUGCAAAGCUUUUAACAUCUUUGGGUUUCAACUUGAUCUAUUACUUUAUGGUCAAUUUCAGGAGAAACCCAGGGAGGUUUUUCUUUUAUUUGUUAAUGAAUUUUAUGGCAACUCUAGUCAUGUCACACGUUUUUCGUUCAAUUGGUUCCUGCUUUACAUCUUUACAAUCAACUAUGCCUAUUGCAGCAGUCAUCUUAACUGCUUUGGUAAUCUACACAGGUUUUGCAUUACCAACUCCUUCCAUGCAUGGCUGGUCAAGAUGGAUCAAUUACUUAGAUCCUGUCGCAUAUGUCUUUGAAUCUUUGAUAACUAAUGAGUUUGAUGGCCGAACUUUCAAAUGCUCAACGUUUAUACCCUCUUAUCCAAAUUCAAGACUAGAGAACCAAGUUUGUAGUGCCGUGUCAUCAGUUCCUGGCUCCGAAUAUGUCAGCGGUACUGACUACAUCUACCAAUCUUAUAGAUACGACAAUGCUCAUAAAUGGAGAAAUUUUGGCAUAGUGGUUGGUUUCAUUAUCUUUUUCCUCGGUGUGUAUGUUUCUCUUGUCGAAAUUAAUCAAGGUGCCAUGCAGAAGGGUGAGAUUAUCCUAUUCCAGCAAUCUACUCUUCGCAGAUUGAGAAAGGAGAAAAAUAUAUCUGAAGCCACUGAUAUAGAGUCUGCUGGAGACACCAGAGAAAAGUCUGCAGGUGUUUACGACCAUGGUAACGAAUCAUCAUCUUCUGAUUCUGAUGAUGUCAAUAACCUUGCUGCAGGGACAGAUAUCUUCCACUGGAGGGAUGUUUGUUACGAAGUGCAGAUCAAGGAUGAGACGAGACGUAUCUUGAAUCAUGUUGAUGGGUGGGUUAAACCAGGCACAUUGACAGCAUUGAUGGGUGCGUCUGGUGCAGGUAAGACCACACUUUUAGAUGUUUUGGCGAAUCGUGUGACCAUGGGUGUUGUUUCAGGGUCUAUGUUUGUGAAUGGUAGAUUGAGAGAUCAGUCAUUCCAAAGAUCGACUGGUUACGUGCAGCAACAGGAUUUACAUUUGGAGACAUCUACUGUUAGAGAGGCAUUGAGAUUCUCUGCAUACUUGAGACAAUCUAGAGAGAUUUCCAUUGAAGAAAAGAACGAAUAUGUUGAGAGUAUUAUUGAUAUCUUAGAAAUGAGGCCAUAUAGUGACGCCAUUGUUGGUGUCACUGGUGAAGGUUUGAAUGUUGAGCAGCGUAAGAGAUUGACCAUUGGUGUUGAGUUGGCUGCCAAGCCUAAGUUGCUAUUGUUUUUGGAUGAACCUACUUCUGGUUUGGAUUCCCAGACUGCUUGGUCCAUUUGUCAGUUGAUGCGUAAACUUGCAAACCACGGACAGGCUAUCCUCUGUACGAUCCAUCAGCCAUCAGCGAUCUUAUUGAAGGAAUUUGACAGAUUGUUGUUUCUUGCCAAGGGUGGGCGUACAGUGUAUUUUGGAGACCUUGGAGAAAACUGUCAAACAUUGAUUAACUACUUUGAGUCUCACGGAUCGCACAAAUGUCCUCCUGCUGCAAACCCUGCGGAGUGGAUGUUGGAAGUGAUUGGUGCUGCUCCAGGAUCACACGCGAGCCAGGACUAUCACGAGGUGUGGAUGGCAUCUGAAGAGAGACAGGCGAUCAAGGAAGAACUUAAUAGAAUGGAGACGGACUUGUUACAGAUUCCUGUUGAUGAUUCUGUUGAUGCUAAGAGAAGUUUUGCUUCCACAUACUGGAUGCAAUACUGCCAGGUCACCACUCGUGUUAUGCAACAGUACUGGCGUACACCUACUUAUAUCUGGUCUAAGGUAUUUCUUGCCGUUUCCAAUUCCCUUUUCAAUGGCUUUUCUUUUUUCAAGGCAGGUACGUCAUUACAAGGUUUACAGAACCAGAUGUUGUCUAUUUUCAUGCUUUCCGUUAUGGUGAACACAUUGAUUCAGCAAAUGUUGCCAUUAUACAUCAAACAGCGUUCCAUUUAUGAAGUACGUGAAAGACCGUCUAAGACAUUCUCUUGGUGGAUUUUCCUUGCUGCUCAAAUUUCGUCAGAAUUCCCAUGGAAUUUGUUUUGUGGAACUAUUUCAUAUUUCUGCUGGUACUAUCCUAUUGGAUUUUACUCUAACGCUGCUAGCACAGGCACCACUGCACAGAGAGGAGCACUUUCGUGGUUACUAAUUGUUGGUCUAUUCAAUUAUGCGUCAACUUUAGGUCUUGCAUGUAUUGCUGGUAUUGAAGAGGAGCAGAAUGGUGCCAAUAUUGCGACGUUGUUAUUCACAAUGUGUUUGAACUUUUGUGGUAUCUUGAAGUAUCCUACAGGAUUCUGGUCUUUCAUGUACCGUGCCAAUUCAAUGACGUAUUGGGUUGCUUCGUUGCUUUCAGCCGGUGUUGGUGAUACUAAGCUAGUUUGCUCCGAGAAGGAAAUUGUCUAUUUUGCUCCUCCUGAUAACAUGUCGUGCUCAGAAUAUAUCGACCCAUACAUGAAGGCUAAUGGAGGUUACAUAAGUGACAUGAAGGAUGGCUACUGCGGGUUCUGCACGGCGUCUAACACCAAUGCAUACUUACAGUCUGUGCACGUGAACUACUACAAGCGCUGGAGAGACUGGGGUAUUUUCAUUUGUUUCAUUGCCAUUAACGUCAUUUUCAUGUUCUUCUUCUAUUGGUUAGCAAGAGUUCCGAAGAAGGACAACCGUGUGAAGGAUGCUGCCUCGUUGAAGAGUGAGGACAAGAAACCUGAAAACAACCUUCCAGAUGCGAUCUAG